AGUAGUUGGCUAUAAAGCGCAACUAAAGAACUUGUGAUCAUGCGUUGCACAACAAUUGGCUUGAAACAAACUUCUACGUGCGUGGUAGCCUAACCAAUAUGGCCUCAAGUUCAAGCCUUGAUCAGCAUGAGCAUGCGCAACAUCCAUCUGCCAAUGGCACCGAUACUAAUGAAGUACUGCAAGAUCCAUCUGCCAAUGGCAACGAUGUUGGACUGCAAGAUCCAUUUGUCACUUCUAUCGUUGACAUAUUCGGAAGCAAUCAUGGCAUUGAAAUUCCUCCAGUUUGUGUCUUCUCUGUGCCCAGGUUUCUAAGCACCUCCAAGCCAGAAGCUUACUCCCCUAAGGUUAUAGGCUUAGGACCCCUCUAUCAUUUCAGGUCACCACUGCAUGAUAUGGACAAGGUUGGUAUAGCGAGGAACAUUCAUGAUAAAUUCAAUCAUAUUGAGUUCCAAAAACUCAUUCGGGGACUCUUGAAGCUACUGCCAUCCAUCCGCGCUUGUUACCAGAUGUACUUGACUGAUGGGGACGAGAGGAUAGCAUGCACAAUGGCUAUAGACGGUUUGUUUUUGUUUGCGUUGCUUUGUCACCGUAGCAGAUAUAAUGAUGCUCUAACCCCUUCGGAUACUUUGCUUGGCUUAUUAGCCCAAACAGAUAUGAGCAGAUUCCACAGGGAUGAGAUCCUAGCUGGGGAUACGAUGAUGCUUCAAAACCAAAUUCCGAUUUUUGUACUGAAACAUAUCUUGCAAAUGGAAUGCUCGGAGCAACUAAUCAUUGAGAAAAAUCUUCCUCGAUUAUUGUUGGGUUAUUGUAAAGCACUCUCUCCAUUCAAAGUGGUGAAUAAAUACCCGGAUUCCAUGGCUUUAAAGCGCACUCAUAUGUUGGAUCUUCUGUACCACUUGAUCACGCUCACAGAGCACGAAUUGGAAAUAUUAAUCGACAAAGAAGGAAGAGAUAAAAAAGAAAGGAAAAAAGAAGAGUCAAAAAAGGAUGAGAAAAAAAAAGAUGAUGUUUCUGUAGAAUAUCUACAACUGGGGCCAACCGGAGUCUUGGAUAUUCUCUCAGGUCUUCCUCUGCCAGAAGAACUAAAAAAACUGAUUGAGUUGGUAAAAGUUUUGCUUGGUCUACCGUGGUCUUUGCUACUUUAUCUAUCCUACAAAGCUGGGGUUGGAGAUCAGGAAAACUUGAUGCCUACAGCAUCAAAGCUGUCUGAUGUUGGAGUGAAAUUCUCCCCGGAUCACAUCAGACACGUUCGGUUUAAGCGUGAAACAGCUUCGGUUAAGCUCCCGGUCAUUAAAGUGAAUGCAAACUCAGAGGUAAUUAUUAGAAACUUAAUGGCAUACGAAGUCAUGUUCAAGCCUGAAGUCUCCUCGCGUUGGGUUUUUAGGGAGUACAUUCGGGAGUACAUUCAAUUGAUGAGUGGGCUGGUCAAAACUGGCAAGGAUGUGAAGGUACUUAGGGAUCAUGAUAUUCUAGAAACUGCUCGGUACAUGAAGGAUGACGAGGUUGCGAAAAUCUUUAGUGGAAUGAGGGAGCCCCCUUUCUCGGCACAGGAACGAGCUGAUCAUUUCAACUGGGUCAUGAGAGACAUUAACCACUACUACAAUGGUCUACUGAAAAUCAAGGUUCGGAAAUUCAUAAAGCAGAUUCUCAAGCUUUUUGUGACAAUCCUGCUCUGGUUGGUUGUGGCUCUCUACCUGUUUGGCUCGGUCUACGGCUAUCCGCUUGUAUUCGAGAAGAGCAAAUCCUUUUGUGGGAGUAUUAUCAGCUUUGUGCCGAGCAAAUUAGUUUCCUUCUCCAGUACGCGUACCUCUUCUCAGCUGCUUUCAUCAGGUUCUAUGUGCGGGUUCAACAACAUGCCUUUGUUACCAAAUGUAGACCAUCUUUAACCCCUCCGACUUAGCUACCCUGAAGGAAGGUGCUGGGAAAUUUCGUUUGAGAAGGACAGGCAGAUGAUGGACCGCUAAUAUUGUUUAUCUACAGAAGCAAUGCACAAAGUCAAGAGUUCAAGCCUUUGGUUUUUAAGUGGUUGUAUUAAAUUAUAAAAAGGGUAAGUAGUCUCUGGGUUUUUUUUUUUUUUUUUUUCUUUUUCUCUUCUGAGUUAAGUAUGUACGGAGUGUGUGCUGUAGCAUUCGUGUCGUUGCUGCGAAUGGCUGUCUUGAUGGCCAUCCUCGUAUACUCGUGGACGAAUGAAUUAAUAGAAUGUGAUCAUGACUAGCACGUCUUA